CGUGCCGAAAAUGUGCGGACUUCUCAGCGUGACUUCGUCCUUCCCCGUGGUGGCAGUGACAUUAAUGGCGUUGCUCUCCUGCUGUUACGUCGUCCUAAUUGGAUUUGUGGAUUUGGAAACGUGGAUGAUCUUUGCGACCAACGUGAACCUCCCGUUCGUCGCCUUGUCCGCAUUUUCCCUCAUUUACAUGCGCAUCAACAAACCAGAGAUACAGAGACCCCUCAAGCUGCCGCUCAUCGUACCCACAAUAUUCGCCGGGAUGUGCACGAUCCUUUUCAUAACGCCCAUUUUCACGCUCCUUCUCGAUGUCACCAACGGCAUCAAGGAUAACAAGAGGGUGCAAAAGUAUGUCGGUUUCCUCGCCGGUCCGGCGCUCCUUGGCCUCACCGGAAUUCCCAUUUAUCGCAUCCUCAUUCGUGGGGACAAGUCUCACCGCUGCAUUCGCCUCGUACACGAUAAAUUGACCCUGUUGGCACAAAAGGUGUUCGUCGCCCUACCAGAAGGUGCCUUAAUGAAGAAUAAAAGACAUAGCCGAUAAAAAAUAUGGAUAAAUAAAUAUUUCUUUAAUAAAUUCGUUUAACAAUAUAACAACAAUUUUUUAAAUUUUCGUCUUUUAUAUAAUUCACUAGAGGACUAAGUCGUUAUUUUUUAUUAGUGUACAUAUACGUGGAUAAGGGAAAUUCACCCUCUUUUGCACCAUCCCGAUAAGUACAUAAUUAUUUUGCGUAUCACAACAAAAAAAUAGGGUAACAAUAACAUACAUAACAAUAAU